CGACAUUCUUCAUAUCGCGAACAGCCAUGAUCACGCUCCUCCGUCCCGCUGUGAGGCUGCCCCUCACUAUCCCCCGUACGGCGGGGAUCCGCUACAACUCCUCGCUGGCAGCGGGCACAACGCGUGACCCUUCUCAUCCACACCUGUACUACCACGCUUCUCCUCCGCCGCCGGCAGCCCCACAAUCUCUCAUCUUGACUUUCACGCCCGGCCGACCCACCGAGUUCCUCUCCUUCCUCCCACUCGGCUCGACACCAGUCCUUCCCUCUGGGAGGCCAGACCUCACGGCAUUCCAGGAGCACCCCUAUUUCCGCAGCGUGUUCAACGCCGCAAUUCGCGACGCCCUCGACAAGGGCGGCAACAAGGGCCUCGAGUACGAGGCUGCGCGGAGGGGGAGUGACGGGUACAUCACGAUCAAGGAUGAGCGGGCUGUCCCAGACCACGACCGCACGGGUCCACCAGAGGACAUUAUUGGCAGCGUCUUCGUAAAGGACGGCAAGAUCGUGCCGAGUACGUAUGAGCCACUGCCGACGUAUCGACUCGUGACUCCCACGGGUGUCUGCCGGCUUCCUCACGGCCUUGACUCUCACCUCAUGAACAUGCUCAACGCGAUCGCAGAGCAAGAGGCGGAGAAUGCGCGGUUGAACGCAGAAGAGGCGGCCGAGGAAGAAGCUGCGCUGGAGAAGGAGCGGCAGCGGAUCGCCGAAGAGGAGGCGGCCAAGCGGGGCUAGUGGGCUAGCGGCGGUGCUGGCUUGACCUCGUAGAGCAUGUAUGAUUCUUUCCUCCAUCUG